AUGGCUUCAAAGUCAGUGUGCCUUGCCUACGACGCAUCGGUGGUUGCGAUGCAAGCAGCCGUCAACGCUGGUGUUUAUCGUGCCAUUCCUUCGUUCUUUGGUGUCUCGCUCGAGAAUCCAGAAAUAGCCAACAUGCCGUUUAUGAAGACCAAACUACCAUUUCUGAACGACGUCUUGGCAAAGGCGGAGAAGGGCGAGAUUACAUACACGGGUAUCAACACUGGCAUGUUCCUCAACUGGGUGCUUGAUGAAGGCAUAUUCGUUGGUUUAUCGGGCAAAGCACCGACUCGCGUUGCGGAUGGCGGAGAUAUCCCGAUGUCUGCCACUGCUCUCGAUGACAUCGGCAAGGCCAUUUCGUCGGUGCUUCUGAGGCCUGACGAGACCGUCAAUAAGCUGUACUAUAUACACACCGUGGUAAUGACACAGAAUCAAGUGUUGGGGUAUGCCCGUGAAGUUGCUCCAGAAGCAGAGUUUGUGGUUGAACAAGUCGACACGAAGGUACUGGUCGAAGCGGCGUGGAAGCGGUACAACGAAGGAAUACGAGAUAGAGUUUCAGUAAGGGAUUUUGUCAUCAGAGCGAGUUAUGGUAUGGGAAAUGGGUUCUUUCCAAAGACUGAUAACGAGCUUUUGGGCAUCAGGCAGUGGAGCGAUGAUGAGCUGAAGGAGGAGAUAUUCAGACGCGUUAAGGCCGAUCCACCCGUUAGUCUUAAGACUCCAGAAAUGUAA